GAUGCCCUACAAGUGUUCCCAAUGUGGCAAAUGCUUUAGCAAAAAUGGCAACUUAGUGAUGCAUCAGAGGACUCACACAAGGGAGAAACUGUAUGACUGUCCUGAUUGUGGAAAACGUUUCAUUGGAAAUUCACACCUGAGGAGUCACACAGGAGAGAAACCCCUUGAAUGUCCUGAUUGUGGGAAAAGUCUCAGUCAGUACUGCAGCCUGCUGAUACAUCAGAGAACUCACACAGAAGAGAAACCCUUUGAAUGUCCUGUUUGUGGGAAAAGGUUCAUUACAAAUGCUCACCUAGUGAUACAUCAGAGGACUCACACAGGAGAGAAACCCUUCGAAUGUCCUGAUUGUGGAAAAAGUUUCAGUCACAAUUCCAACCUGGUAAGACAUCAGCGAACUCACACCGGAGAGAAACCCUUUCAAUGUCCUGAUUGUGGGAAAAGUUUCAGUCACAAUUCCAACCUGGUAAGACAUCAGCGAACUCACACAGGGGAAAAACCCUUUGAAUGUUCUGAUUGUGGGAAAUGUUUUAGUCAGAAUUCUGACCUAGUGAGCCAUCAGAGGACUCACACAGGAGAGAAACCAUUUGAAUGUCCUGAUUGUGGGAAAAGUUUCAGUCAGAAUUCCCACCUGGUGAUACACCAGAGGACUCACACAGGAGAGAAACCCUUUGAAUGUUCUGAUUGUGGGAAAAGAUUCAGUCAGAAUUCCAACCUGGUGAUACACCAAGCAACACAUAGAGGAGAGAAACUGUAUGAAUGUCCAGAGUGUGGGAAAAGUUUCAGUUACCGUUCUAACCUGAUGAAACACCUGAGGACUCACACAGGGGAGAAACCAUAUGAGUGUCUAGAGUGUCAGAAAACAUUCAGUUCCCAUUCUAAUCUGGGAAAACACCGGAGGACUCACACAGGAGAGAAACCAUAUGUGUGUCCAGAGUGUGGGAAAAGUUUCAGUUACCCUUCUGUUCUUGUGAAACACCAGAGGACCCACACCGGGGAGAAGCCCUACAAGUGCUCCCAAUGUGGUAGAUGUUUUAGUGAAAAUGGCAACUUGUUGAUACACCAGAGGACCCACACGGGAGAGAAGCCAUAUGAGUGUCCAGACUGUGGUAAAAGUUUCAGUUACCAUUCUGACCUGGUGAAACACCAGAGGAUUCACACAGGAGAGAAGCCGUAUGAGUGUCCAGAUUGUGGGAAAGAUUUUAGGAGCGUUGCUCAUCUCCUGAUACAUCAGAGGACUCACACAGGAGAGAAGCCGUAUGACUGUCCUGAUUGUGGGAAACGUUUCAUUGGAAAUUCCGACCUUGUGAGACACCAGAGGACUCACACAGGAGAGAAACCCUUUGAAUGUUCUGAUUGUGGGAAAAGUUUCAGUCUCAAUUCCAACCUGAUAAGACAUCAGAGAACUCACACAGGAGAGAAACCCUUUGAAUGUCCUGAUUGUGGGAAAACUUUCAGUCAAAAUUCCAACCUUACGAAUCAUCAGAGGACUCACACCAGUGAGAAGCCAUACGACUGUCCUGAUUGUGGGAAAUGUUUCACUGGAAAUUCCCAACUCGUGAGACACCUGAAGACUCACACAGGAGAGAAACCCUUUGAAUGUUCUGAAUGUGGGAAAAGUUUCAGUCACAAUUCCAACCUAGUAAUACAUCAGAGAACUCACACAGGAGAGAAACCCUUUGAAUGUGCUGAUUGUGGGAAAUGUUUUAGUCAGAAUUUUGACCUGGUGAUACACCAGAGGAUUCACACAGGAGAGAAACCCUUUGAAUGUGCUGAUUGUGGAAAAAGUUUCAGUCAGAAUUCCCACCUGGUAAGACACCAGAAGACUCACACAGGAGAGAAACCCUUCCAAUGUUCUGAUUGUGGGAAAAGUUUCAGUGAGAAUUCCCACCUGGUAAGACACCAGAGGACUCACACAGGAGAGAAACCCUUUGAAUGUGCUGAUUGUGGGAAAAGUUUCAGUGAGAAUUCCCACCUGGUGAUACACCAGAGGACUCACACAGGAGAGAAACCAUUUGAAUGUGCUGAUUGUGGGAAAAGUUUCAGUCAGAAUUCCCGCCUGGUGAGACACCAGAGGACUCACACAGGAGAGAAACCCUUUGAAUGUUCUGAUUGUGGGAAAUGUUUUAGUCAGAAUUCUGACCUGGUGAGCCAUCAGAGGACUCACACAGGAGAGAAACUAUAUGAAUGUCCAGAGUGUGAGAAAACGUUCAGUUCCCAUUCUGACUUGUUGAAACAUCAGAGGACUCACAGAGGAGAGAAGCCGUAUGAGUGUCCAGAUUGUGGGAAAGUUUUUAGCAGUAGUUCUAACCUUAUGAAUCAUGUAGUUUUACACACAGGGGAGAAACCUUUCAUAUGCCCAGUCUGUGGACGAUACUUCAGGUGUCAAAAAUCUUUUAUUGCACACAAGGAAAUCCACAUGAGGCAAAAGUUGAUGAGUUUAGAGAAGGCCUGAAUUAGUUUGUGAUCUCCCAUUGAAAGUGUAGGUUAGAAAUUUACUAGUUGAAUUCUGCCUGAUUUUUUUUUUUACUCAAAUGUGUCUCAGGAUUAGGCCUGUAGAUGGGGAGAAGAAAUGGAAAAUGUUAGUUUUUCAACGGCCCUUAAAACAAGUACCCCCAAUCUUCUGUUCUCUCUUAUUUGGCCGUUCAAUACAUUUGUGAGUCGUUAAGCAGAACAGUGGUUAUCUCAGGAUUGCAGACAUAGCACAGGCCCAGGCUUGCCUUCCAAAGGCCUCCUCUACCCAAACUUUCCCUCCCCUACAGGCAUUUUCACUCCCACUGGGUCCCUGCAAUCCCACUCCACUAGGCCUCACACACAAUUGAAUAGUGGAAAAUGUUUCGUUUUUAACAAUGCAUUUUGUUAGAACUAUCAGUAGGUUUUGACAAAGAAAAAAUUGGGUAGCGUCAGUGUUGCUAUAAACGCUAUGGCCAGGCAAGAUAGACAGAGUUGCCUCAAAAUACGAGAUGUGCAGUGAAUAUGUUUAAUAAUUAUAUUAAUAAUAAAAUUGUAACCUAAA